GAUCUAUCCUUGCGCUUGUUUGUUCGCUGAUUUCUCUUCCCCUCUGGAACCUCCCCCAUGUCGGACUCAGCCUACUAGCCGUGGCGAUCUGGCCCCCAGUCUCUGCUCGGCUUAGGAUCGACGUAUCAGUUGACUCGAUCGCACGCCAGGUCGCGGCUUCUCUUCCUCUCUCAGGUCGCGAAUGAACUCUUGUCCAGGGCACCUAUUACCCGUACAAAGGUCUCGUAUGCGACGUGCGCACGACAAUCUCGGCUGUCCUGCUUGUGGGCGUGGCGACCAGUCGUAGUGGGCCACUCUCGCUUUCCCUCCGUGGAACCAUACGGCCAAGGUCGGGCAUUUAUCAGUCUCCAUACAACCACUGCAUCUCGCUUCGAUCGCCACCUUGAUUCGAAGAGAUCGCUGACUUUGACCUGCAUUUCCUUUACACCAUAACCAUCUCAUCCUUUGCUCCUGCAGGUUACUUGACGUGGACUGUCUUGUCCCGGACAAACAGACGGGGAGAAGUGGGAUGCCUCGAUACUCGAACACAGUCUUCUCACGAUCACGACGAUUGACUGGCGCGGAGCCGUUCUUCUCAGAAUAGCACUCGUUUGAUCGGUAGAGAUGCAGAACCAGUUGUAUUCUGUGAAAGACUCGCCGAGCGUCGCUUCCUCGGCGUCGCCAAUGAGUGUGCAAGAUCAGAGCCAACAACCUCACUCGGUGCCUUCCUUCCCCCCACACGCUCGUUCCGGGCUGUCACCGCAAGAGCCAUCGACAAUGUCUUCAUUUUAUCCUUCUCACGACCUUGGGUCCGCAUCCCCUCACGACAGUCUGUCGCACUUGGGCGAAUCGCUACGGGCAGGAGGUAUUGGAAGUGGCACUCCAUCUCCCGCGCAGAUCUCAGCCAUGAUGAUGCACAAUCCGAAGCGGGCGUAUCGACAGAGAAGAAAGGACCCGAGCUGCGACGCGUGCCGUGAGCGCAAAGUCAAGUGCGAUGCAACAGAGACAUCGAGCUGUACCGAAUGCUCCAGUCGAAAUGUCCGCUGCCAAUUCACAAAAGACACCAACCGUCGCAUGUCAUCGAUCAAACAAAUCCAGGAUUUAGAGCGACAGUUAAUGGAAACCCGUCAACAGCUCGAUCGAUUCCGGGCCCUCGAGCAGAGAAACGACCUCGCCGCCGAAUUCCAUCCUGACAUCGCCUCUCUGGUUUUUUCAGACUUCCCGAACAUUGGAAAGUCACCACGAAGGAUGUUGAAAGCAAGGUCGCCGCAAGAUCUGUCAAACUCAAGAAAUCUCCUAUACGACGUAGGUCGCGGGCUGCUGAAACCUCCUGUCACAGGUGCGCAACCACGAGCACAAGUUCCAUUGUCGAAGUUUUCAGAUCUGCAAGGCUUGCCCUCGCGAGAGAGUGCGGAAAGACUAUUUCAUUAUUAUCACGAAUGCGUACAUCGCCAUUUUCCUGUUUUGUAUUGGCCCAGGUUUCAGCGCAAUUUCGCCAUAGCCAUGGAGAACCCAAAUACACCAACUGUGCCUGUUGACUGGGUUGCAACUCUAUAUGGCGUCCUAGCAUGCGGCGCAUUAGCUACACAUGAUGUUAGUAGGGUACCAGAGGCGCAAGACUAUCUCACCCGGGCCAUUUCCACUAUCAACUUCUGGGAAGACGAUGUGACGAGUAACCAAGGUAUUGUGGCAUUUCUGGCCAGCAUCGCGCUGUCGGAGAUGAACAGGAAAUCAGCAAGUUCGGUCUGGCUGGGCGCUGCCAUUCGCAUAGCCCAGGAUCUUGGCCUACACGUCCAGGGUGGCCAGUGGUCGCCUAUAGAGGGAGAAAUGCGCAAGAGGAUAUGGUACUCUUUCUACGUCUGGGAUCGACUUUUGGCGCUCGAAUUGGGCAAACCAAUGGUCAUCAACGACGACGAAUGCGACACAGAAUAUCCUCAGAUCUUGGAGGAAGAAAGACUUGUGUUGAGCGACGAUCUUCAUACGCCUUUUCCAGCCACUUUGCUGUUAGCAAGUGUUUACGUUGCCAGGCUCAUGGCGCCGUUGGCAAAAAUGUUUCGCUCCCUCUGCAUUACGAACGAAGCCUUGACAAAGUUCGAAACGCACCUUGGGGACUGCCUUCAAUUGCUACCUCCAACCUUGCAACCAUCGGCCACGAGACCACUAGAUCCGUGUAUUAUGGCGCCCAUUAUAUAUUUUCAAAACGUGCGGUUGCUGCUACAUCGCCACAAUCUAUCCCCCUCCUCCUCACCAGAACAACGAGCGCAGGCUAUCGAAAGAUGUGUCCAGGCCGCUCGGGAUACGGCGACUGUAUUGUCAAGAUGCAUGGUACCUCAUAUACAACCGCAUGAUUGGGAACAGAGGUUCAUUCUUUCCUCGACCACCGUUAUCUGCACGCACUUAUGGCGUUGCAUGCUUCUACUUCUAUUUCGACAGACUUUCGACCCAUUUUUUCUAAUAUUGAGAGCCCUUUCUACCAUUAAUGAUGCUCGGUCUAUCAAUGUCAGCGCCGGAAGAUACAUGGCAUUCUUCAUACAACGGCUGAUCGAGUACUAUGAACGAGGUGGCUCAUUGGAACCGGAGCAUGACGAAGAGCUAUUGGUCUUCUUGUCCGCAGACCUACAAUCGACCACGCAUAGUUGGGUCUGGGGAAACGCUGAGACUGGGACACAUCUAAGCCGUCGACAAAAGCAUGGCAGACCCAAAAAUUUGAAUCCAGAGCACGAGCAUUUUCCUGCGAACGCCGCCUCCACUCCAUCCUGGGAUAGCUUUCUGUCAGAAGAGGAACAGCGUGACUGGGGUGGCUGGCAGAAUAUUGAGAAACUGGCGAGGCAUCUUCAACGACUCUGUGACUCACGGCAGCAGCGUAUGCAUGACCAACAUCCAUCUCCUUACCCGCAUCAAUCAGGAUCGACUGAACAUGAUCUUGGACGCACGCUCCCGCCCGUGAAUACACCCAAUACCCCGACGGGCGACAACCGAUCGAGGAUGACGAUCGCGAAUAUCAUAUAACGGACGACGAUCACCACUAUUUCAACGUCCCACGAAAAUUGCAUGACUUUUAAUGUUUCUUUAUGAUUUUCCAGCUAAAGCAAGAUACUAUCAAGAUACCCUAUAGUUAGAAACGAAAAGGGCAAUGACACGCUCAACUUCUCUCUCCAUUUUCGAAUACAUUCCAGCCGCAACUACGUCAAGAAAUGCAGGGAUGCUGAAAUCUCAG